UUUAGUGUAUCGCAGUAUCGUGUACAGUUGAAGAACUAUUAAGUGCAAAAAACCCGAAUCAAACAUACAAAAAAAAAUAUAUAUCCUAAAUUUUUGAAAAAAUUUCAUCAGAUAACUUAACACAAGUUAAGAAUCAGUUUUAUUUUUAAUUUAAUAAAUUUCUUUCUUGAAAGAUAUAUCAUGUAAAAUCCUAUAUAAAAAAAAGUUAUUCAACCAACACAAAACCAAACCAAAUACAAAAAAAAAAAGAAAGGAUUUUCACAUAAAAUUUAGAACGUAAAUUUGUCGUGGGUUCAAUUUUUUUUUAUAGUCAUUCCUUUCUUUCGUACGUACACUCAUCCGCAGUGGGUAUCUGAAAGUAUAGAGAACGUACUAGCAGCCAGAGCAAAGAUACUUUAUUUUAGGGGUGUGCCUGGUAGUUUCGAUUUUUUUCUCUCGACUCGAACACAACUUCUCAUCAAUCGGGGUCGUCGGAGUUUUCUAAAUUUUUUUUUUGGCUUAAUUUUUAUUCCAAAAAAACGCAUAUACAAAAACAAAUUUAACACAUAAAAUUACUUACAUUUUUUCUCAAUUCGAAAUAUAAAUGGCUUCUUGUGGGUUUUAUUAAAAAAAAAAAAAAUUGAAAUAAAAAAAAGAUUCAAGUGAAAAAAGUGAAAGAAAGAAAUUUUGGUACAAUUUUUGUAUAGAAGAGAAAAAAAAAAUCACCUACAUAAGCAAAAUGUCUUUACAUUUUGUUACAUGUUUGUUUGCAUUUGCCCUCAUAAGCAGUUUAGAGGCUGCCUCACCCCGAUGGGAACCACAAAUUGCAGUUCUAUGUGAAGCUGGACAAGUUUUUCAACCACAAUUUCUAUCCGAAGAAGGUCGAUGGGUAACGGACUUGAGCAAGAAGACACCAAGCUCAACAUGUCUCCGGGACAAAAUGGAUCUUUUAGAUUACUGCAAAAAGGUCUAUCCAAAUCGCGACAUUACCAAUAUUGUUGAGUCAUCUCACUAUCAGAAAAUCGGAGGAUGGUGCCGUCAAGGAGCUAUGAAUUCAGCCAAAUGCAAGGGGGUUCACAGAUGGAUUAAGCCAUUCAGAUGCUUGGAAGGUCCCUUCCAAUCCGAUGCGCUUUUGGUACCCGAAGGCUGUCUCUUCGAUCACAUUCACAAUGCAUCCCGAUGCUGGCCAUUUGUCAGGUGGAACCAAACCGGAGCUGCAGCAUGCCAAGAAAGAGGCAUGCAAAUGCGAAGCUUUGCAAUGCUCCUUCCAUGUGGAAUCUCCUUAUUCUCCGGAGUUGAAUUUGUAUGCUGUCCAAAACAUUUCAAGGAAGAAAUUCGUAUAAAGAAAACCGACUUGCCAGUAGUGGUUCCUGAAGAGAUUGUUUCAGCUGAUGACGAUGACUCAAACUAUUCGAAAGACUCUGCCGAUGAUGAUGACGAUGAGAUCAUGAACGACGAUGAAGACGACGAUAUGGUUGCCGAUGAAGCAGCUGAAAAUGAUGGUGCCGCUGACGAAGGAAAUGCCGAAUACGACUCCAAUGAAGAACUCGAAAACUACGAAGACUUAGACGACCAAAAUGACGAAGCAUGGGACUCAAAUGCCAAACCCAAAGCAACAGAAACUUCAAAAGUAGCCUCUUCAUCGGAGACUUCUGCUCAAGUUGUCAUCACAAAACCAUCAUCAGCUGAUGCCAUCCCCUUGCCACCACAACAACCCCCAUCUACCAGCCAGCCCACAGCUGAUCCCUACUUCACCCACUUUGACCCACACUAUGAACAUCAGAGCUACAAAGUAAGUCAGAAAGAAGCCCAACAGCGCCUUGAGGAAAACCACCGAGAGAAGGUUACCCGUGUGAUGAAAGAUUGGUCAGAUUUGGAAGAGAAAUACCAAGACAUGCGAUUGGCUGAUCCAAAAGCUGCUCAAAGCUUCAAGCAACGCAUGACAGCCCGUUUCCAGACUUCUGUUCAGGCACUCGAGGAAGAAGGUAACGCGGAGAAACAUCAACUCGCUGCUAUGCACCAACAGAGGGUGUUAGCACAUAUUAAUCAAAGAAAACGUGAAGCUAUGACUUGCUACACUCAGGCCCUUACCGAGCAACCACCUAACGUAAGACCAUUCUCCGAUUUUAGUCUUGAGGAUGCUGAACCAUCGUACUUUCCUCCCCAGGCUCACCACGUUGAAAAGUGUCUGCAAAAGUUACUGCGAGCUCUGCAUAAGGACCGCGCUCAUGCUUUGGCUCAUUAUCGUCACCUUUUGAAUUCGGGAGGUCCCGGUGGUCUUGAGGCAGCUGCAUCAGAAAGGCCACGCACUUUGGAACGUCUUAUUGAUAUUGACCGAGCUGUAAACCAAUCAAUGACAAUGUUGAAACGUUACCCUGAUUUGUCAUCAAAGAUUUCGCAAUUGAUGAAUGAUUAUAUUUUGGCUUUGAGAAGCAAAGAUGAUAUUCCCGGAUCAGCAUUGGGCAUGAGCGAAGAAGCUGAGGCAGCAAUUUUGGACAAGUAUCGUAUUGAGGUUGAACGCAAGGUUUCGGAGAAGGAACGACAGCGAUUGGCUGAGAAACAAAGGAAGGAACAGCGGGCAGCUGAGAGGGAGAAAUUGCGAGAGGAAAAACUUCGAAUGGAAGCAAAGAAAAUCGAUGAACUUGUCAAGACACAAGCCGACCAAGAAUUGCAAGCAAAGGAAGCCAAGGAAGCAAAGGAUGUUAUCACAGUUGUAGAUCCAACAAAAAUGUCACAUAGCGAGAAGGAGACAACACCAGAGGAAUAUAGUGAUGCAACAGCAAGCACCAAAACUCAAACUGUGUUACCGACAGUCGAUGAUGAGGCAUUACAGCGCGCUGUAGAAGAUGUGGCAGCAGCUGUUGCCCACCAAGAAGCCGAACCACAAAUGCAACACUUUAUGACACACGAUUUGGGUCACAGGGAAUCGAGCUUCUCUCUUCGUAGAGAAUUCCAUACGCAUUCCCCACGAGAAGGUAGAAACGUCUACUUUACGCUAUCAUUUGCUGGUAUUGCAUUGAUGGCAGCAGUAUUUGUGGGUGUUGCAGUGGCCAAAUGGAGAACAUCUCGCUCACCACAUGCGCAAGGCUUUAUCGAAGUUGAUCAGACCGCAGCAUUACCAGUGACACCAGAAGAAAAACAUGUUGCGAACAUGCAAAUCAAUGGCUAUGAGAAUCCAACUUAUAAGUAUUUUGAAGUUAAAGAAUAAACCACAUUCACUUUCAAUCUAAAGCGAACAAAAUAAAACCAACUUAAAAUUACAAAAAAAAAAAAAAACCAACAUCAUCAGUUCUUAUUUUUCAUAAGAAACAAAAAACCAAAAAAAAAAUAAAUUCUAUUUUUAUUGUUUGUUGUUCUUGUUUAGAAUUAUGUGUAUCAAAAAAAAAAAAAAAACAAAAAAUAUAUAUUAACUAAGAUGAAAAAAUUAAAAAAAAAAAAAAACAAAAAAAAACUCAAAACACACUCAAUAUACUUAUUAGUUUUAUUUUUUAGUUUAAACAAAGAAAAAAAAAAUAAUACUCUCAUCAUAAUAAGUUAAAGCAACUACCUAAGAGAAAACAAUAAUAGCAUAAUAAUUUAUUUAAUUAAAUUAAAAACAAAACAAAAAAUAAAAACAUUUAACAAAACAAAAAAAAAAAAACUUUUAAAAAAGGUCCUUGCUGUGAAUUUGAUGAAAACAACAAACAAAAUCAUUUACCAAAAAUAAAAAAAAAAACAAAAAAACAUAUAAUUCACUAGUCAUACUAGAUUUAAUUUAUUUUUAUCUUUAUUUUAUAAAUUUAUUUAUUUUUAUUUUAAUUAAGUGUGAUAGAUUAUGAUCUCAAAAAAUUUUUGAAAUGUAUUAUUUUUCAAAACUCAACUAUUUAAAUCUCUCCAAAAAUUUGAACAAAAAAUAAGAAUAAUAAAAAAAAAUCGUUUCAAAAAAAUGUGGAGAAAAGGCAAAAAAACAGAAAUCAAGGAUAAUAAGUUUAAUAUUUAAAUAUAGAUAUUAUAAUUAUAUAAUAAAGAAAAGAAAUGCUAGGAUAUAGGCUAAAAAAUACAUUAAAAUGAAAUAAAACAAAAAAAAAAACAUGUUUCUUAUAUAUAAAUAUAUUGGUUUUUACUCAUGUAAGAUAUGAAACACUCAGAUUGUAACUAAAAAAAUAAAAGGAUUUUUUCGUCAAAUCAGUCAAACCCAAUUCUUUCCAUCAAAAAAUA